CUAGUGAAAGUGAGGUAAUACUUGACGAGAGCUCGAGAGCUCGAGAUCCUGUGGAUAAUAGAAGACGGUGUAGGAAAAGAAGGAGUCCCCGGACGGUGUAGAUGGGGUUUUUGCUAGCACAACCAACGAAAACCUAUCACCUAUCACACCCGAGAAGCGAUCAUUGCGCUCGUAGAGGGAACCAGAGGACCAGAGGACCCGACAAGCACGGACGGAGGGUUGAGUCGAUUGGGCCACCCUGGUCGAGUUCCGUGUUGUGGCUGCGAGAAGCGAUGUAAUUAUAGAUCGGCCCCCUCCUUCACACCCCUGCAGCUAAAACCACAACGCUGGGAAUCUUUGAACCUCCCUCCAACCUUCGGUCUUGUCUUUAGCCAUCGCACUGCAUACUGAUCGUGAUCGAAGCAUUCUUAGUGUUCCAGCUCUUCAUGUGAGCGUUUAGCUUCAUCUUGCUUCCUGACAAUAGCUACAUCUUGAGUUGGUACACCGACACCAGUCCUUUACCCCCGUCAGACCUCGGACGGUGGGGAUUGUUGAACGAUCGCAUUGUAUCUAUUGCCCACUAAGAGUCUGCAUCAAGUCUGUGACGGUUCAUCGCACUGGGGUUGCAACCUCCUAGGUCCGCUUUAAAUCCCCCGGUCGGCGGGGUAGGCUGUGGUUGAGAAUCCAAGUUCAUGGAGAGGAAAAGGCGCCGACGACCUAUUCAUUCCUCCCAUCUCAAACGACUCAACUGAUACUCGAGUCCCGGAGCCUUUCUCACGACUAGACCUGUGAUCCCUCACGGAUCUCGGUCCCCUCCUCAAAAGUUCGGGUUGCUGGCCAACCUCUGAUCGUCGUUCCUUUAACCAACCCUCCCGCCGCAAAGAUUGUCGCUGGUCGACUUCAUUAACUUCUCAAGACGACAAUAUGGUCGCAACUAAUGAAUCCUGGCUCAAACGGGUCGAUCUGACUCCAACCAAAUUGCUAUUUUAUGCCUCGUUUUGGGCGACCCAUCUCGGCCUUUUCGCGCUUGGAUGGUACAUUCAAGCAACGAACAGCAAAUUGGCCGGGUUGAAUGUGCUUCAGUAUUCGGUCUGGAUAUCCAGAGGUGCUGGUCUCGUCCUGUCUGUGGACGCAACUUUGAUCCUUCUUCCCAUGUGCCGAAAUGUUCUGCGCUGGCUUCGACCUCAGAUCAGGUGGCUACCACUGGAUGAAUCUGCAUGGUUCCAUCGCCAGAUAGCUUAUGCUCUCGUGGUAUUUUCUGCCGUGCACACGAGCGCACAUUACGUCAACUUCUACAAUGUCGAGAAGAACCAGAUCCGCCCUGAACUAGCUGUACAAAUCCACUAUACGCAGGCUGGCGGAGUCACGGGACACGUGAUGCUGUUAUGCAUGAUGUUGAUGUAUACGACGGCCCAUCACCGCAUUCGACAGCAGGCGUAUGAGACCUUCUGGUACACCCACCACCUGUUCGUGCCGUUCUUGUUGGCUCUUUAUACCCAUGCUACGGGAUGCUUUGUCCGAGACACAACCGACCCGAUCUCCCCUUUCGCAGGAAGCCCUUUCUGGGGCCACUGUCUCGGCUACGAAGGAUGGCGAUGGGAGCUUGUUGCAGCCGCCUUCUAUCUCUCCGAGCGGCUGUAUCGCGAGAUUCGAUCUCGUCGAGAGACCGAGAUCACCAAAGUCAUCCGUCAUCCCUAUGAUGCCAUGGAGAUCCAAUUCCGCAAGCCUAGCAUGAAGUACAAAGCCGGCCAGUGGCUUUUUCUCCAGGUACCCGACGUAUCCAGCAAUCAGUGGCACCCUUUCACCAUCACAUCCUGUCCAUUCGAUCCGUACAUCAGUGUUCAUGUCCGUCAAGUGGGCGAUUUUACUCGCGCCCUCGGAGACGCCCUUGGUUGCGGCCCCGCACAGGCAAAGGACCUCGAAGGUCUGGACCCCCUUGGCAUGUACGAAGUUGCCUUGCAGAACGGACAGAUGAUGCCAAAACUACGCAUUGACGGGCCCUACGGUGCCCCGGCGGAGGAUGUCUUCGAGAAUGAAAUCGCCGUACUCAUCGGAACUGGUAUUGGUGUCACGCCGUGGGCUUCGAUCUUGAAGAAUAUCUGGCAUCUCCGUUCCAGUCCAAACCCUCCUCGUCGUCUCAGGCGUGUGGAGUUUAUCUGGAUCUGCAAGGAUACUUCGUCCUUUGAAUGGUUCCAAGCUCUCCUGUCUUCGCUGGAAGCACAAUCCGCCAAUGCGGCUGCCUAUGAGGGUAGCACUGAAUUCCUGCGCAUCCACACCUAUCUCACACAGCGACUGGACGAUGACACGGCUGCGAAUAUCUACCUCAACUCCGUUGGUCAGGCUCUUGACCCCCUCACUGAGUUGAAGUCUCAGACGAACUUUGGCCGACCGGACUUCAAGCGCCUGUUCACUGCGAUGCGUCUCGGCUUGCUGAAUCAGACUUAUAUCCAAGGUCUUCAAACGGUUUCCGCUACCGAGGUUGGUGUGUAUUUCUGUGGACCGAACACAGCAGCCCGACAGAUCAGUGAUGCAGCCAAGUACGCAUCGACCAAGGCAGUUCGUUUCAAGUUCUGGAAGGAACAUUUCUAGUUUUUCAUGCUCUUACACAGUAUUAUUUUCCCGUUGGCGAUGCUGCACUGCCCCAUCGCAUAUGGCAUUAUGAGUGACGAAUCUCUCUGUUGCUGUCCAUUUUUGUUCUCGUUCAGUUGAGCCUCUACGUCUAUAUUGAGUACAUAUACGUGAGACCGGCCUGAUGCCCCUGUACUAUAGUUGAUGACUACUGCACAGUUUUGAAAUAAAUACGAUCAAUUAAGUGGAAC